AUGGGCGCAGUUCGGGACGUCGCAGUUGUGGUCCUUGGGAUAUCGCUUCUGGUAUUUAUUGCGCUAUUCGGGCAUGUCCCAGGAUUAAGAAAUACGCCAAUAGGGUUUGCGCACCGGUUCCUAUGGAAAACUAUUCCGAGAUGGUUUUUCGCUCUCGACAGGGCGGUAACCUGCGGUCGCCUUGGUCCCGUACUUAUGGGAACCGGGGACUAUCUUAUGAAUGAAAAACAUCCAAUCAUUAUGGCGUUUUACUUGACACUUGUAACCGGUGGGAUAUACAUGUUCACCAAAGAUGGCUGGAAGCAUCUAUCACUGAUUCAUAGAAUGUGCAUCCCAAUGGUAGCAACACUUCCAUAUAUAACUAUGUAUCUUGCUGCUACUUCGGAUCCAGGCUUUAUUACCCCGGAGAAUCACCAACGGUCCCUACAAUGCUAUCCAUACGACCACCUUAAUUUCAGACCUGGAAACAUAUGCCGAACUUGUCAGUUAGCAAAGCCGGCACGAUCUAAACAUUGUUCUAUCUGCAAGCACUGCAUAGCAAAGCAUGAUCAUCAUUGUGUUUGGAUAAAUAACUGCGUAGGACAGCUCAAUACGCGCCACUUCCUCGCAUUCCUCGCCGCAACAAAUAUCCUUUUAAGUUAUGGUUUAUACCUCUCAUUCAGCAUAAUUCAGUCUUUCAUAGUCCGGGCCCUAAUACCAUCCCAAAUCGCCAUCGGGACUCUCCCGUGGUCUGUUUAUCUCCAUCUCUUUGGCAUUGCCAUAGUUGAAGAAAUAUACAUCGGUGCUGUAUUCCUUCUUUGCGCGUUGACCGGCGUACUAUCAUUUGCAUUCACAACUUACCACCUGUACCUAAUCUGGGCUGGCACAACCACCAACGAGACGAUCAAGUGGUCUGACUGGCGCGAUGACAUAAAAAAUGGCGACAUCUUACUCGCCGACCCCGAGGAAGAUGAUGAUAUAACAGAGCUCGAUGCAGACGAGAUGUGUCGUGACUGGCCACGAGUCACGACACAGCUAUUCUACCGUAUUGACCCCACAAAUAGGGGGGAUAUACCAAGGGGCAUAAUAUGGCGCCGUGUCCAAGGACUCGGGGAAAUUGAUAAUAUCUAUGAUUUGGGGUGGGGGAGCAACUUUAGGGAUGCCCUCUGGCCGAGGGACUUUAAUGCUAGAUGA